UCAUGAAGACCCUGAGAGUUGAAAAUAAGACAUGAUCCAAAAAUGAACUUCUAAGCUGCCUUAACGUGACGUUAGGAUUAGCUCAAACCCAAAUUACACUGUCAUUAACUGAUCUUAGCCCCUCUAUAAGAGAAGUCUGUGAUUCCUCCUCCUUCUUCAACACAAGCCAAGGCCACAAAGAGCCUGCAAACUCAAAGAUGGUUCCUUCAAUUUCUUCCAUUUUCUCCAUACUUGUUAUCCUUGUGCUCUCACCUUCCUUUUCACUUUCUCUUCUAAUUCGAGAUAGUUUUCUCCAAUGUCUCAAUGUCAAUACUGAGACUGUUAUUCCUUAUUCCACUGCAUUUUUCACUCCUGACAACUCUUCUUUCUCUUCCAUUUUACAGUCUUCUGCUCAAAAUCUCAGGUACUUGUUGCCUUCUGUGCCGAAACCUGAAUUUAUCUUCACACCUUUGCAUGAAACCCACAUCCAGGCUGCUGUUAUCUGCUCAAAACAGCUUGGAAUUCACCUCAGAGUCCGUAGUGGAGGCCAUGACUACGAGGGUCUCUCUUAUACUUCUGAAAUUGAAACACCUUUCAUUAUAGUAGACCUUUCAAAGCUUCGUUCUGUUACUGUUGAUAUUGAAGAUAACAGCGCAUGGGUUCAGGCUGGUGCCACGAUUGGUGAAGCUUAUUACAGAAUCGCUGAAAAAAGCAAAAUUCAUGGAUUCCCAGCUGGUCUUUGCUCAAGUUUAGGCGUUGGUGGUCACAUUACAGGAGGUGCUUAUGGUUCCAUGAUGAGAAAAUAUGGUCUUGGUGCUGAUAAUGUAAUUGAUGCUCGUAUAAUUGAUGUCAAUGGCAGAGUUUUAAACCGACAAGCUAUGGGAGAAGAUCUGUUCUGGGCUAUUAGAGGAGGAGGAGGAGCUAGCUUUGGAAUCAUUGUUUCCUGGAAACUAAAACUGGUUCCUGUACCAGCAACUGUGACAGUUUUUACAGUUACCAAGACCUUGGAACAAAAUGCCACUGAAAUUCUCUACCGGUGGCAGCAAGUUGCAGAUAAGCUCGAUGAAGAUCUGUUCAUCAGAGUCAUCAUACAACCUGCGACAGUUGGAAACAGCACGACAAGAACUAUAACAACUUCCUACAAUGCCCUGUUUCUUGGAGAUGCCAACAGACUCCUCCAUGUAAUGGAGAAAAGCUUCCCCGAAUUGGGUUUAACAAGAAAAGAUUGCAUAGAAACAAGCUGGAUCAAAUCAGUGCUAUACAUCGCUGGGUACCCAAGCACAACACCUCCAGAGAUUUUACUCCAGGGGAAAUCUUUGUUCAAGAACUACUUCAAAGCCAAGUCAGAUUUUGUCAAAGAACCAAUUCCUGAAACAGGGCUCAAGGGUCUCUGGAAAAGGUUAUUGAAUGAAGAUAUUCCAUUGAUGAUAUGGAAUCCAUAUGGUGGAAUGAUGAGCAAAAUUUCAGAGUAUGAAAUUCCUUUCCCUCACAGAAAAGGGAAUUCAUUCAUGAUCCAGUACUUGUCAAUCUGGCAAGAUGGAGAGAAGAGUGCAGCAAAGCAUAUGAAAUGGAUCAGGAAGCUUUACAAUUACAUGGCACCAUAUGUUUCCAUGUUUCCAAGAAGUGCAUAUGUGAAUUACAGGGACCUUGAUUUGGGGAAGAACAAGAAGAUGAACACUAGCUUUAUUGAAGCUACUGCUUGGGGAAACAAGUACUUUAAUGACAAUUUCAACAGAUUGGUGGAAGUGAAGACCAAAGUAGAUCCUGAUAACUUUUUCAGACACGAACAGAGCAUCCCACCUCUUCCGGUUUCCAUGUGGAAAAGAAGAGCAAGAGGAGGAGAAGGAGUAAGGGUCUAGAGACUAUGAUUAGCUUUAUUGGAGCAGCGUGUGUUCCCAGAUUUGAUUGCCAAGAGAAAUAAAAUUUUUACAGAAAAAUAUUGUUAUUUUAAUGUUGUUGAAAUUAGUUUUAAUUGCAAGGAUUUUGUUCAACAAAAUACUUGCCUUCUCUUGCUCUGUUUUGUUUUAAAAGCUAAUGUUAUGAUUUUUCUAUUUUCUC